UCUCAAAUUUUCAAUUUCAGAAUCUACUACUUGGCGUUCUGUUCCUCAGUUACGCCGAGCCACAUCUAAGAGCAAGCCAGUUUCAGCUCGACAAGAACGCCGAGCCACCGUGGGAUCCAGACCCAUACUGCUGA